UUAAGGAGUAAGAAAAUAACUGCUGUACAAAACUGUGUAGGCAAAUAUAUUUUGGGAACAGCGUCACCGGUGGAUCAUCGGCGGCAUGCCAUUCUACUCCCGACGCGGCGCCGGCGGUUGGGUGCAAUCGCUCCUUCCCAUAUCCAGGCCAGCCACCAAGCAAUCUCGGAAGCCAAGGAGGCGGACUGCCGUCGCAUUUCGCGACUUCAUCUUGUCUAACUUCUUCACAAUCGGGGUCUGCUUCACCUUCAUCGUUUUCCUUUUCAUUUUAUUUCGCUCGGCCUCCGUCACGAAGUCCGUCCAGCUCCGCUCGUCUGCGUCCCGAGCACGCUCCUCCCGGCCUCGAAAGCUUCCUUUGCAUAAGUCUCCCAACGUGAGUGUCUUGGCGGCGGCUGUGGAUAUUACGACGAAAGAUCUCUAUGACAAGAUACAGUUCUUGAAUGAGGACGGUGGUCCUUGGAAGCAGGGAUGGCGAGUGAGUUACAGAGGCAAUGAGUGGGAUGAGGAAAAAUUGAAAGUGUUUGUUGUGCCACAUUCGCAUAAUGAUCCUGGAUGGAUGCUCACUGUUGAGGAGUAUUAUGAUCAGCAGUCCAAGCAUAUUCUGGAUACUAUUGUUGAAACGCUUUCCAAGGAUACUCGAAGAAAAUUUAUAUGGGGAGAGAUAUUUUAUUUAGAGAGAUGGUGGAGGGAUGCAUCAAAAGUGAAGCAAGAUUCCUUAGUCAAUUUAGUGCAGAAUGGGCAGCUGGAAAUUGUUGGCGGUGGAUGGGUGAUGAACGAUGAGGCUAAUUCACAUUAUUUUGCUAUCAUUGAGCAGAUGACUGAAGGUAGUAUGUGGUUAAAUGAGACUGUUGGAUUUAUUCCUAGGAAUUCUUGGUCAAUUGAUCCAUAUGGAUACUCAUCCACCAUGGCUUAUCUAUUGAGGCGUAUGGGCUUUGAAAAUAUGCUUAUACAGAGAGCACAUUAUGAGCUGAAGAAGGAGUUGGCAUUGCACAAGAAUUUGGAAUUUAUAUGGAGGCAGAGCUGGGAUUCUGAAGAAACAUCUGAUAUUUUUGUCCACUUGAUGCCCUUCCGUUCUUAUGAUAUUCCAAAUACUUGUGGCCCAGAACCUUCUGUUUGCUGCCAGUUUGAUUUUGCUCGCAUGCGUGGAUUUGUAUAUGAGAGUUGUCCCUGGGGAGAUCCAGUGGAGACUGAUCAAGAAAAUCUGCAGGAGAGGGCACUUAAAUUAUUGGAUCAAUAUCGGAAGAAAUCAACACUUUACCGAACUAACACACUUCUUGUUCCCCUUGGUGAUGAUUUCCGCUACAUCAGCAUUGAUGAAGCAGAAGCUCAGUUCAGAAAUUACCAACUCUUAUUUGACUAUAUUAAUUCUGAUCCUAGCUUGAAUGCUGAAGCUAAGUUUGGGACUUUGGAUGACUAUUUUAGUACCCUUCGUGAUGAGGCUGACAGGAUAAAUUAUUCACAAACUGUUGAAAUUGGCUCUGGUGAGAUUGGAGGUUUUCCUUCCCUAUCUGGUGAUUUUUUCACUUAUGCUGAUAGAAAUCAAGAUUAUUGGAGUGGCUAUUAUGUCUCUAGGCCAUUCUUCAAGGCUGUUGAUCGUAUAUUGGUCCAAACACUUCGAGGUGCAGAAAUGAUGAUGGCUUUUGUAUUAGGACAUUGCCAGAGAGGACAAUGCGAGAAGUUUCUUACUAGUUUUUCAUACAAGUUAAUUUCAGCUAGACGUAACCUAGCUCUAUUCCAAAAUCAUGAUGGCAUCACUGGUACUGCUAGGAAUCAUGUGGUUGAAGACUAUGGGAAGCGGUUGCAUAUAGCAUUAGAAGACUUGCAGAUCUUUUUGUCCAAGGCUUUUGAAGUUUUGUUAGGAAUUCGCCAUGAUAAAUAUGAUAUAAGUCCAGCUAUGUUCGAGCCGGCACAAAAAAGUUCUAGAUUUGAUAUGCGGCCCAUGCAUAAAGUUAUAAAUGCUCUUGAAGGAACUGUGCAAACUGUGGUCCUUUUCAACCCACUGGAGCAAACAAGAAAUGAGGUUGUAAUGGUGGUGGUCGAACGACCAGAUGUUACAGUACUAGACUCAAAUUGGACAUGUAUAAAGAGCCAGAUUUCUCCUGAAUUGCACCAUGACCAAAACAGUACAUUCACUGGAAGACACCGUGUUUAUUGGAAAUCUUCAGUUCCUGCUAUGGGACUACAAACUUAUUAUGUGGCUAAUGGAUUUGUGGGAUGUGAGAAGGCCAAACCAGCAAGUCUGAGGAUCUUUUCUCCAUUCAAGCAAUUGGUUUGUCCCACUUACUAUCCUUGCUCAGAUAUUGGAACUGACAUAGUUGAAAUCAGCAAUUGGCAUCACAGGCUCACCUUCAACGUAAGUCAUGGCCUGUUGCAGAAAAUAAGUCAUAAGGAUGGCCACGUGAAUGUUGUUGGUGAAGAAAUUGCUAUGUACUCUAGCACUGGGAGCGGAGCCUACCUCUUCAAGCCCCGUGGGGAUGCUGAGCCUAUCACUCAAGCUGGCGGACUAAUGGUGGUCUCUGAGGGCCAUUUGGUGCGAGAAGUUUACUCAUAUCCAAGGAAUGAAUGGGAGAAAGCUCCUUUAUCCCACUUUACGCGGAUAUAUAACAGUGAGAGUACCUUACAGGAAUACAUCAUUGAAAAAGAGUACCAUGUUGAGCUUCUGGGACGGGAGUUUGACAAUAGAGAGCUGAUAGUUAGAUAUAAAACAGAUGUUGAUAAUAAGAGGAUCUUUUACUCUGAUCUAAAUGGUUUUCAGAUGAGCCGUAGGGAAACUUAUGACAAGAUACCUGUGCAGGGAAAUUACUAUCCAAUGCCGUCUCUUGCAUUUAUUCAAGACAUGAAUGGAGAGCGGUUCUCUGUUCAUACCAGGCAGUCUUUCGGUGUGGCUAGCUUAAAAAAUGGGUGGUUGGAGAUCAUGCUAGAUCGUCGAUUAGCUGCAGAUGAUGGGCGUGGUCUGGGCCAAGGAGUGAUGGAUAACCAUCCCAUGAAUGUUCUUUUUCACCUCAUUGUGGAAUCUAACAUUUCGAAGCCCAGCAAUCCUAGUUUGAAUCCUGAUCCUCUUAGCCCCUCUCUUUUCUCUCAUUUAGUUGGUGCUCAUUUAAACUAUCCUAUGAAUGUAUAUAUUGCUAAAACUGCUGAAUCGAUAUCUGUGCAGCCACCCCCUAGACUGUUUUCUCCUUUAGUGACUUCCUUACCGUGUGACUUUCAUAUCGUGAACUUCAAAGUUCCUCAGCCUACGAAAUACUCUCAGCAGCCCCUCAGCGAGAUCAGAUUUGCCCUCAUUGUCCAAAGGCGACAAUGGGAUUCUGCAUAUUGUCAUAAAGGCAGAUCACAGUGUUCCACAAUGACUGAUGAGCCAAUAAGCCUGUUUAAUUUCUUCAAGGGGUUUACUGUUUUGAAUUCAAGAGCUACUUCUAUUAAUCUCAUACUUGAGGAUACUGAUCCUCUUGGCUAUAAUGAUCACUUUGCAGCCGGUGCACAUGAGGGACACGUCCUCAUCUCCCCCAUGGAAAUACAGGCUUACAAUUUGCGACUACAGCCGGAGGAUAUAUUCCGUUGACAGUAGUUACAACUGAUGUUAGCUGAGGAAUUACCAGGUGAGUUUCUACUACAGCUAUUAAUUUUGCAGCUUGUAUCAAUGGAGGGUCUAGUCAAGUAUUUUUCUUGCAACACAGGCUUGUCAGAGUUUUGUAGAAUUAGCUCGCAAGGUUGAGGAAAUGUUUAUUUGUUCCUUAACUUGCUCCUAAGGAUACACAUGAAUAACAUUCUUCGAUGCUUUUGUUGUUC